CUCGCAUGGCGAAGGAAUGAGGUUUCUUUUUUCGAAUUCUCCGUUCCACCUUAAAUGGUGCAGCCACUAUUUGGUGGAACGGAGGAUUCGAAAAUGAAACUAACUUUAGUCUCGUUUCCUUAUUAUUAUUAUUAUUAUUAUUAUUAUUAUACAAUUUUUUCUUCUUUACUUUAAAGUUCUUCCGCUGAAUUCCUCUCUAGUGAUGACGUCACUCCAGCAUGGCGGCGGUCACAGUGCAAAGUGACAACAACAACAAAAACAGGUAAAAGAGAAGCUCGUGCUUUCAGGACUUUUAAACACAAAUCCGGAGCUCGCGUGGCUCGUUAAGGCUGGUCUCGCGCUCCGCGCUGUGAUGAAGCGCGCGUGAGCAGUGAGGAUGAUGAGCAGCGCGGACUCGGAGCGGAUGGACAGUCUGGAGGGCUGGGUGGCGGUCAGGAGCGACCUGUUCUCCGGUACGGAGUCUCUCCGGCUGGACUUCCUGGUACAGUGGAGCGAUGUAGAGGGUCAGUUCGCGGUGACCUGCCGAAGCCGGAGCCCCAGAGGAGCCGCAGUGGCCGGUCAGCGGGGCUGGGCUGCCCUCCUGUCCGCCACAGACAUCACACAGGCCCACAACACCCUGACCAGCACCGCACAGGAGCUCCAGCACUGCCUGCCCGACCUCAGCGCCUUCAGCCCGGCCAGGAACCUGCUGUGGGACCUGCUGUUCUCCAGCACCAGCAGCAGCAGCAGCAGGCCGGAGAACCAGCAGCAGCUGGAUGUGGACAGGGUCUGCAGGCAGCUGGAGAAGUAUUUCAGUGCAGCAGUGGAGCUCUGCGGCAGCAGGAUCGUCCUGGACACUCUGUUCAGCCUGCAGGAGGAGGAAGAGGAGCAGUUCUAUGAAGAUCUGCAGGAGUUUAAGAGGAAGGCCAUGGAGGAGCAGGUGCAGAGAGCCAACGGGAGAGUGAGGAGGAUUGUGCAGGGUCAUCGCUCUGCCUCUGGACUCCAGCAGCUGAUGAAGAUCUAUGAGGAAGAAGAUGAAGCAUAUGAUGAUUUAGUUGCUGUGGCGACGCAGUUCUACCAGCACCUGCUGCAGCCGUUCAGACAGAUGAGAGAGAUCAGCACGCUGUACAGGAUGGAGAUCCAGAAGUGUGUACAGACGGAGGAGCUGGGUCCGAAGCGUGUGGCUGAGCUGGAGAAGGAGGCUGAAGAGUGGAGUAAACGCGGUCAGGAGGCUGAGCGCUCCAUCCAGGACAUCACAGUCUGCUACUUCAACGAUACAGCGUCCAGUCUAGCAGUGAUGCUGAAGCAGAUGGAGAGUGACCGUAAGCGGUUUGGGUCGGCUGCGUGGGCCGUUGUGACUCCCAGACUGGAGAAACUCAAACUGCUGUCGGCUAAAGAGUCUCUGCAGCACAUGAGAGCCAGAGAGCUGUGUGUGACCCGCAGCAAACAGGACAUCAGAGACAAGCUGGAAGGUGUGUGUGGGGGUGUGAGUGAGGUGCAGGUGUUGGAGCUGCAGUAUUAUGACGCUCAGCUGGAACUUUACGACUGCAAGUUAGAAAUCCUGAAGAAUGAAGAGCUGCUGCUGCUCGCACAGAUACACACCAUCCAGAGACAGAUCAAAGAACUCAGUGAGGAGGUGGUGUAUUACGAUGCAUGCGAGGAUCCUGCAGAGCUGCAGUGCAUUCAGACAGGCUCCGCCCACUCUGGCAGUAACCCCGCCCACUCUCACCUGCACCAGCAGCUCCAGCAGCUAGAGAGAAAAAGAGCUGCAAUGUCAACACACAGAGCAAAAAUAAGGAACAGAAAGGAGAGCUGUGUGAAGGCGUGGGAGCUCCAGCAGGGGGCGCUGCAGCAGAAAACCACUCAGCAUCAACACCACCAUGCAGUACACCUGAAGCGGGAGAAGAGGAGGGAGGAGGAGGAGAAAAAGAAGGAGUGGGUGGAGUUUGAGAGGGAGAAAACACUCAGCAGACUGCGCUCCUUCAGAGAGAAGAAGCUUGGGCAGUACGUGAUGAAGACCCCUCGCUGCAAACCGAAGCCUCCUGACUCCGCUACAGAUGAUUCAUUACAGCCAAUGUCAAUCAUCUCUCUGGACCCUCCCACUGGUGAUGUCUCUCAGAGCCCCGCCUCCAGGCCUAGAGGAAGGGGGCGGGGUCGGAAGCAGAGAGAAAUCCCUGUACAAAUUCUGUUACCCCCAGGACCAGGACCAGCUAUGCCGGAACAGACACUUACCCCCCCGCUUCUGCCCCCACCCCCACCUCCUCCUCCUCCCCCUCCACCUCCUCCUCCCCUUCCCCUGCAGGCUCUGCCCCUGCUGCUGAGUGACAGAGAGGCUGCUUCAUCUCCCAAAAACAAAAACACACUGCAGGAAAGCACAGGCUCGAUGGACGCUGUCCUGGCCUCUCUGCAGAGGGGGCAGCUACGCCUGCGUAAGGUGACCCCCAACGCCCCCACCGUUUCCACAGAGACCAACUUCAGAGACAACCUGCUGUCAGCCAUCCGUCAGGGUGUGACCUUAAAGAAAGCCCCGCCCCCUGUAGGCCCCACCCCCUGCAGAGACUCUGAACUGGAGCAGAGCAUCAAAGCAGCAAUGAUGAGGAUGAAGAGGGUCUCCAAGGAGACAGAUGAUGAAGAUGAUGAUGAUGAACAUCGGGACGCUCAGUCGGGAGACUGGGACAGUUAAGAGAGUGUGUAUAAACUCAGAUACAGUUUUAAUGCUGAAUGUUAAAAACAAUACUGGAGAUCUGAAUGUUGAAGAUGCCUUAAACUGUGAUUUGCAUAUUAUAAAAUAUACUGUACUGUAAUAACAAUACAGACACGUUCACAUACACUUGAUUAUCCGCAGUCUUGAACUGUAUGUGAGCGGGAUUAGUUAAUCUAGAGGAGGUAGGGUAAUAUGAUUUGAUUGGCUGAUUUACACUAGAAAAAUGUGUCUGUGUAAUUUACUCAGAUUUACUGAAGAUCAAAACAUCAGCCUUCCGGUUAAAGGUGCAGUAUACGAUUAUGGAGAAAGAUUGUUUAUAUUUGAACUCAACAGCAAAACAAACACACCCCUCCCUUCAGCACUCCUUCAGAAGCUCCGCCUCCCUGAAUUUGCUGCCAAGAUAAACGAAUCUGGGCUAGAAAACUUGUUUAGGUCUUCAUGGCCAUAAAGUUCUUUACUGUACAGACAGAUACCGUGACAUAACAUUAGAGCAGACAGACAGACAGACAGAUAGAUCGAUCAAUUGAUCGAUUACUUUAGUCAUCUAUUACAGCAGCACAAAUUCAGUAAAGAGCAAAACAAGUGCCAUACACUAUUGUACAGAUACGUAAAUAGAAGAAGUAAAGAUAGAUAAUAAAAUAUACUAAAACAACCAUAAAAUAUAAUAUGCAGUACAAAAAUGAGUAAAAUUGUAUAAAUAUUAUGCAGUGGUGCAGGUCACAUCUGAUGAAUGAACCGAGUGACUAAACACUGUAAUCAGUAUCAUAUCAUUGCUGUUGGGACAUACCUUGUAUCUCCAUUAUUGUUGUUUUUCAAUUUUUUACAUAAUUUGAAAAUACCAGUUGCCUUCUAUGAUGUAUCAAAGUUUCAUAAUGAACAGACCAACAGAAACGUCCAUAAUUACUUGGGAAAAAUUAUUUAUUCAUUUACUUUUAAAAUUAAGAGCAUUAAAAUUAAGAGCAUUUUUCCUUUGUUUGUAAACCUCUUUGGAGAGAUGAAGUUUUGUUCUGACAGCAGUGAUGUGUUAGUCAAUAUGCAUGGUAUAUAAACAAAUGGCAGUGCAUUAUGCAAUAUGUAAAGAUGUCUAAACAAAAUGGCCAUGCAUAGUAAUGAGUAGAGAGAUAUAUUUUCCAGUGUUCAGUGCAGCUAACGUUAUUUAGGUGGGUUAGCAAACUGUCGCUACAAUUGCUCCUGCAAACAGGACAAAACAAUACUGACCUGUUGCUUCAGUGAAACAGCAAAAAUAAGUUAAUGUUGCCCAGAAUCAGAGCAGCCUCCUCAUCCAUUUUCAUGUCUUUCAGUUCUCAAUGAAUCUAAAGUCACUUUCUUAUUCUCCAGCUUCUUGUUCAAAUUUUCCUGUUCCACCUUAAAUGAUACAGCAGUUACAUUCCCUCGUCUGAUCUAAGAACUUCUUUCUCAGUCUUGGUUCUUCAGAUCUUCUCCUCUUUGGCUGUUUCUCUCCUUCUUGAUGAUGCAUGGAGCUCAGCACGUAUCCUCUCCCCUUCCCCCUGUCCUGAGUAGGAGCGCCCCCUGCUUCUGAUUGGCUGGAAUAGUGUUGGUCCAAGACACUUUGUGUUUCCUAUUUACAGAUCCAGGGCUGUGGACCAACACCGCAUUCAUUCCAGCAAAUGCAGAUUGGAGAGCUAGCAGACUGUGAGGAGACGUUCACUAAUUUUGAUAAAGUAUACUGGACUGAAACCGUUUACUGCACCUUUAACGUCAGAUAGAGCAGCAUGAGGCUAGUAAAGUGAGCUCAGCUCAACAAACAGCCCGGCAGGACAGGAUUGAUGUUUUAAACGUUUUUUUUUUUUUUUCCUUCUAAUUAAUCCAUCAGUGGAAACGUUGUAGAUUACAGCAGUGCUGUUUGAACUGGAGGAUAAAUGAACUGUGCCAAACGUCACCGUAGCCGUUAGCCACAUCUCCCCCUCACCGAAAGACCACUGCAGGCUUUAAAAGUUUGUGGAUAAAACACAAAAGUACAAAGUCCACUCUAAAACGAGCAAGGUCUUUACUGCGUUCAGAUUAGCUUAAAGCUAAGAUCUUUUAUUAUUUUUAGCAGUUGCGGUGACCAACUGUCAACACCCCCCAACUUCCUGCUUCCUGAUUAAAACUAAACAUUCAUAAUGGAUUAAUUGACAGGUCUCUUCAGUGAGCAGUGAGAUCACAGCACCUCUGCAGAUCAGACUAACAGUCAGAGCUGUAUGGAAUAAACACAGUCAGUUUUUGGGUAAAUCUAUCUCUGAAUCUAAAUCUGCUCUAACACUGAUAUUAUUUUCUGUUUUGGGUUUAAUAUAUUGCAGAUGGCUGUUUACUGUUAUUGUUUUCCUCAGUAGCGCUUAAUAAAGUGCCUGCACUUUGUAUUUGUGUGUGUGUGUGUGUCUUUUACAUCUCUAUAACACACACACACACACAUCAAGCCUGUUGCUGUAUUUUAUUAAAAGAAUUCAGGAAGUCUUCCGUUCAGAGAGCUCAGCGGCAGCUCAGUGAGACUAAAUCAUCAGCGUUCGUCACUCAGCUCAGAGUUUCAGGACUUAAAACAACACAGUUACAGUGUUGUGAGUGAAGAGUGUUUUAAAAUUGUAACAGGACUGAUAUGCUUUAGCUCAGAGUAACUCAGUAAACACAGCGCUGUCACUGUCAUCCUGCUUGUCUCUGAUUUUCACUCUUUCUGUUACUUUAUUCUGUUUAUUGGAGAAUCAGAAUCAUUAAAGAUGCUGAACAUGUGA